AGGCCCGGAGCCAAAUGAAGGUUCAGGGAAUAGAAGACACAAGCGUUUUGAUUCUCGUUUGCAGGCUUUAUACAAUCGAGUUAGAGCUUGAAGUGGCUCACCUGCAGACAGAAAAUGCAAGACACAAGAGGCAACAAGAACAGCUAAGAAUGGCGGCAGCAAAUCAGCAACCAAAAAAGAACACACUCCAACGGUCUUCCACAGCUCCAUUUUGAGAAAAUCUACAAGUCCUUUUACCAGUACUCAAAAGCUUCGUGAUGAUCUCUCCAAUUCUUUUCUUAUCUAAACCAAUCUUGUUACAAACCAAAGUCGCUUGCUUGUACUUAGCAAUCAUGAUACGUAACGUGAAAGCUCCUCUGAGUUGAACUCGGAUCCUAAUUCGAAAGCUGCGACUAAGUGAAG